GCUAUUGUGUCUUUAAAUUGACGCGCUUCUUUAUUUGGGGACUUGAAAGGACAGAGCCGAUAUCUUGCCGGCCUUUUAGCAUAAUUUUGCCUUAUAAUUCGUGAACGACUUUUAAUGCUUUCGAUUCUCAUAAAGCACGGCAUCACUAGAGUAUUUCAGAAUUGAGAUUUUAGACAGUCGUGACUAUUAGAACAUCGUUGGCCCGUCCAGCCAGCCAUUCGCGUUCAAGCAUCCGCGCAGACAGACAUGGAUCAACACGACUCGACGUUUGGAGUGCAGCUCUUUAUUUAUGAUUUGUCGAGAGGAAUGGCACGACAGCUGAGCCCGAUAAUGUUAGGAAAACAGCUUGAUGGAAUUUGGCAUACAUCUGUGGUGGUCUAUGGAGAAGAGUUCUUCUAUGGCGGUGCUGGGAUUUCUAGUUGCCCACCGGGCGGGACGAUGCUCGGACCCCCAGAUACAGUAGUUGAGUUGGGAAAUUCAGAAGUGACUGAAGAAAUAUUUAUGGACUACUUGUCUUCUCUUGGAGAGACAACGUACAGUGGGGACAAGUACAGAUUGUUUGAACACAACUGUAACACAUUCACUAAUGAGGUGGCCCAGUUUUUGACUGGCAAUAAAAUUCCCUCCUAUAUCACAGAUCUGCCAUCCGAGGUGCUUUCCACGCCAUUUGGUCAAGUGCUGCGGCCAAUCCUGGACUCGAUACAUAUUGCCCCGCCUGGUGGGAACGUGAUAAGCAGCCAAAAUCAUCACAGCUAGAUUGGCUUUACUUUCACCCCCCCACACACACACAUUUACAUAUAAACACGCAAUAAUUCACACACAGGCUGUUUAUACACACACAUUUAGCCUGUUGUAAAUGAAGGUUGGCUCAAAAACCUUAUUCAUAGACAUUUACAUAUUACAUGCUUUUGGCAUACACUUUUUUCCAAAAUGACUCACGGUGCAUUCGAGCAAUACAUUACAGUAUCAAUUUGUGUAUUCCUUGGGAAUGUAACCCACGAGCCAGGCAUUGCUAGCGCAAUGCUUUACCAGCAGAGCUUCAAGAACAUAAAUUACUAUAAAUACAUUCAUGAUAGUAUUUGUUAAUGAAUAAAUUCUGAUCUAUGAUGUCCACAUUCACAGUUGCCCAAAUAUUCUCAGACAUUCCUGUUUUGAAGUGUUUGUUUAAUGCAGAAGGCUACCGGAGGUUCACUAGAGUACCGAUGGUUCAUAUUUUUGCAGUACUGACUUCUUGGUUUCUAUGGUUAUCAGUUUAUCAUGUGUCUUUGUUGUGUAUCUCUACAGCCCACCACAUGCAAAGGUCAUUUGUUAUUGUUUUAAGUCGACUUGAAACAACAAUCCCAAAUUUUUCCUCUUGUUACUUUUAAAUCCAUUUGCAUUACUUCAUGCUCUGAUAAUGUUUUUGUGUCCCACUAAGCUGUGUCCAUUUAUAUUUAUUAAAAGCCAAAACAGACUGUUUAUUUAUUUUAAACUUUCUGAUAACAGCACAUGUGUCAUGCAUGGCUUUCUUGCAUUUGAAGAUCUUAUUAAUGAUUGUAAGGAAGUCGAUUCCCAGAUUAACUCUCUGUCAGACGACGUCCGGAGAAAUGUACAUAUCUGUGCCUUUAUUAUAUGCCACCUUGGGCACAAGAAACAUUUUUAUCAUAAAUGUGUUAAGUAAAAAUUAUUUGUAUGUGAACAUUAACCCUUGCAUGUAUUUAUUCGGAUAAAUGCUAUUUCAGUAUACAUAUAAACUAUGAAACAAUAUACAGGUAAUUUAAAAGGUUUGCUGCUAUUGUGAAUUUUAUAUUAUGGCUAAAAUGUGUUGCUUGGCUAUUGUUAUUUAUUACCAUAAUCCUAUUUGAAUCAGUUUGUUCAGCACAAGUGACAAUGUUUGUAUUGGAUUUGUGUUUCAUCCUGAGUCCUUAGGUGAACAUUUAAGGAAACAUUGUAUUGCCAUUCUAUUGUUGGUUUUAUGUUGUAUUUAUUGAGAAAUUGUUGUCAUCACUGAAUUAAUUUCAGACCUGAUUUCAGAGAAAUAAAUUGACUUUUCAUGAAUA